AUGAAAGGUGAGUCCUGAAAUUAUUAUCCUAAUUAGAGUUGAUUAUGUUUAAAAGUAGAAUUUAAUAUUUAUAUAUAUUUAUUUUAAUUUUGCAGGGUUUGGCAUCUUCUCCAUCUGGAUGUUCAUCCACCUGUUGCUGCUGCACAGCUCAUCGUGUGCUGAUGACUCAGGAGUUGGUGAGAUUUCCUUUUUUUUCUCUCUACAUAGCAAAGUUGAAGUCCUUAUAGUCUAAUGGGAAAAAUACCUCUACCUAUGAUUAAAUAUUAUGAUGACUGUAUGCUCUAAAGGCACAUUGAAGACCUUUAUUUGAGGAUUUACUACUUGCAGCUCCUGUGAGGAGUUUUUAGCUGGUUAUGAGAGAGACUGAAAUGAAUACUGAUGCAUUAUUACGGCCCACAGAAGCAAAAAUCUCACAAUAGAGUGUAGCAGGGGAGCAGUUCUUGAAACAAAUGGUUGAAGAAAAAUCUGAUUCUUUUAAAAUGAUAAAAUACAGGGUGUCAAUACGUGGUGGAGUGAAAUGACAUCUGUCUGUCAAUAGUAUCAAAUCUCAGCGCACAGGACAAAUUUCAGAGUUGGAACUAGAUUUCAAGUUACCUCAUCAUUCAUUAUCUUACUCAAAGCUCCUGUGAGGAUCUUUUAGUUUCCAUUCAGUACCUUUAUGUAUUAAAAAUGAUCAGAUUAUUGUAUUAGUCCAACUGAAACUGGACUAAUAUACAUUUGUCCAACUGAAACGACACUGAAUAAAGUUUCUUGCAGCCGAACUUGUCAAAUUUUCUUCUGUGUAUGCAGCUCAGUCGAACUGAGCAUUGCCGGGAAGUAAAAAUUUAUCAAACAAUGAGCGCGGUUUAGACCUGCUCUUUUUUUUUGAAAGCAUCUUGGGAUAACAACUGUUGUGAUUUGGCACUUGAUAGAUAAAAUUUGAAUGAUAGAAAUUUUGAAAGGAAACAUCAACAGACAACAAAAGGACCUAAAGAUGGAGAUGAAGCUUUCCAAUUGUACAAAUAAAUGGCACAGAGCUGUAAACUUUCAUUGUCAUUUAAUGCAUUUUAUCAACUGUUUUGAUACAUAACAGGUCAACCAGGAGACUACAGUAAUGAGCUAAAAGGGAACAUGUCUACCCACUACAGUAGAGGUAGACAUGCUUUGAUUCAGGCCUGGUGCUUAACUGGAACAAGAACAGAAAUCCAUGUAAACGUACUGAUUGUUUUUGCACUCCCUGUGGACAGUAUCAUAGCUCCUUAUUCUGCUACUCUUGCCUGUUUAUGUGAUUCUUAUUUUGCAAUUAAAAAUUUCAUCCUGCUGUCUUUGAACCAUCAAAUAUUUGAAAUACUAAAUUUUGACAGUAGAAAAUGUCAGUAGGGGUUUUUCAUACAGCAUACUAUAAAUCAUUUUGUCUGACACCUUCCUGAUGGCAUCAGUUUUAGACACCAAUAACAGCUUUAUAGAAAUGAUCCAUUGGGUCACUGAUGGUCUUGGUAGCUUUCAUGAGCCAUAUCAGGCCAUCAGUAUUGAUUUCAGUCUGUUUUGAAGGUCAGCUAAAUACUCUUACAGAAGUUGUAAAACAUGGUCAAAAUAUAAAGAAUCAACAUACACACAGAUGCUCUCAACAUACAGUUCAAUAUAAAAUUAACACAUCUGUUUUUUGUUUUUUUAAAUGCAUCCACGCAGUCUUCUUCCCGUGACCUGAACUAUAUUCUCUCUGCUGUGUGGUCUUACUUAUCUUUUCUCAAACUCUGCUAAUGAGGAAGAAAAGCUGCACUGUCUCAUUAUUAUCUCAUUGAACUUCUGCAAGUGUGAAGGGGGGCAGGAAGUCACAGCACCAGGACACACAGUGUUAAAGAUAUGGGCAGAGGGUGCGGUGGGUGUUAGGCUUCAGACACAGCCUGUUGCCUAAAGGAAAUAAGGUCUGAAUGAAUAAAUUUAGACAGACUGAGCUUAGACAGACGCAGCUUAUCUUUAUUUAUUCAGGGUAGUUUCUCUUUUUCACUUUUUACUGGAAAUUGCCCCCGUAAAAAAAAGAACCCACCCACCCUCAUAUGUAAAUCCACUUUCAGGUUGUUUGUCUGUGUUUGUACAUUUCAGGACCUCACUGAGUCACUGCUUCAUCUGUGCUGUCAGCUUUUAGUUUAACAUGACAACAGUUAAUGCUCCUGCCAAUAAGAUGGUUUUGUCUUUGUUUGUAGUGAACCCCUGCUGUUACUACCCCUGUCAGAACUCAGGGGUGUGUGUGAGAUUUGGUUCGGAGGGCUACCAGUGUGACUGCACUCGCACUGGCUUUAGUGGAGAAAACUGCACCAUUCGUACGUAAAAAAGACAUUAUCAGACUGCACAUAAAAAUGAACGUUUUAACAUGAUGAUGGGUUUCUUUCAAGUCACAGCCUCAGUGACCUCUUAGUAUAAUAAAAGUUCAUAAAAGUUUUGGUUGGUCCCCAAAACAUUAAUUCUUUGUCCUGUCUGUGCAGCUGAGUUCUGGACCAGAGUUCGUCUCUUGCUCAAACCAAGUCCUUCUGUGGUUCACUCCUUCCUCACGCACUUUCAGUGGUUCUGGACCAUCGUCAACAACUCUUUCCUGAGAGACACCAUCAUGAGAUUAGUACUGACAGGUGGGUAAAAUGGUUAAAAGUAACCAUAUAGGAUUUUAAACCAGAUGAAUCAACUUGUGUUAAUUUGUCCUCUUGAAUGUAUGAUCAAAAUUUGCAUUUAAUUUUUCCUACAGAGUGGAAAGAGUUUUAAAGUAAUCAGCUGUGAUUCAAAGAGUCGAAGAAGUUGGAGAGUUUCGGCGAUUGCUUAAGUUAUUUUCAUGCACAAAAAGAAAUUAGACACUCAAAUACACGGACAUCAAGAUUUCCUUUGCUAGGCUACUUUCAGCUUUGUACACCUCAUCAGCAAACUCAGAAUGAGACGAAACCCAAAGUCUUUGUUAGUCGAUGAAAAGAUUAAGCUAAAUUAAGUGAAAUCUUCUGAGUGUUUUCUAACCCUGAAACUUCUUGAUUGGACACAGUUUUAAUUUCUGUUUAAACAGCAAAGAAAUGUGUUGCUUUGGAACAUCCGAAGUUGUAGUUAGUCUACAGAAGGGUAAUCCUCACACCCCAUGCUUUAAAAUAGCGUAUUAAAUCUGCAUAAACUAUGUCCCCCACAGUCAGGAGCGACCUUAUUCCGAGCCCUCCAACCUACAACACCAAAUAUGGAUACCUCAACUGGGAGUCCUACUACAACAUCUCCUACUACACUCGACUCCUCCCUCCUGUACCUGAAGACUGCCCCCUACCAAUGGGAACUAAAGGUGAGACCUACAUAUACACAACCUACACACUCCUAUGUACACCUGAGGAAAUGUUUCUUGACUUGUUUCUUUUUCUCCAGGAAAAUCCGUUCUUCCUGAUACCAAACUUUUGGCUGAAAGGUUUUUCAGGAGGAAGAAAUUCAGACCAGACCCUCAAGGAACCAACCUGAUGUUUGCCUUCAUGGCCCAACACUUCACUCACCAGUUUUUCAGGACAAACCAUGAAAUCCCAGGGGGCUUCACCAAGGCUUUAGGACACGGGGUGAGAUAAAAAGGGCAGUUUGCAGCAACAAGAAUAGCUAUUAAAAAUUGUUAAAAAAACAACAACAAAACCUGUCCCAAAAAGAGCAAAGAGUAAACACUCCCUCUCUUGACUUUUGAGUAUAUCGUAGAAUUUAGGCUAUUUAUUCACCUCCUUCCCAUCCAGGUGGAUGCAAGCAACAUCUAUGGAGACAGCCUCAUGCGGCAGCACCAACUCCGCCUUCAUAAAGAUGGAAAGCUUAAAUAUCAGGUAAUGAAAAAACAAAAAAUAACGGACUGCAGGUUUAAUAUUUUUACAUUUAAAACGAUAGUAAUACUAUCUCUUAAAGAAGCUAAGCUAACUUGCUACAAGAAAGUACUGAUAGGAAAACCUAUGCACUCUGUUCAUUUACACAUUUAGUUCAUAGAUUCAGAGAAGAAAAGUUAACUUUGUAUUCCCCUGUAUUUCUAUGACAGUUGUAGCCUGUUCUUACUUCCCUGAAUUGUAUAUUUUCACCAAAUACAGUCAGCAUCUCAAACCUUGGACAUUUUCAUAGAUUUAGCUGUUUAGUUUUUUAAGGACUUUACAAAUGUGUCAUAUUUUAUUCACAGAGCUAUUGGUUCUCAUCUGUUUUUCAUCAUUUUCAUUGAGCCAGGCUAACUUCCCCUUUUUCACAGUCUGUAUUGCAGAGCCAGGAUAAUCUACACAUUUCUUCACACAUUUGAGUCUUGCAACUAUUUUAGUAUUCAACUCUUAACAAGAAGAGAAGUUUUGUAACUGAAAGGUCUUAGUGACAAAGUUGCAUUCCUCAUGGCUUGUUUUAUAAACCUCCCUUACCGAGAAAUGAGCUCCCCUGCAAUUGUGGCUUUCAAAAUGACACUUAUCUUUAUGGUGCAGAGAAGAGUUUGAGAUAGAGAUCUUCUGACUCUGUGAUAAAGGCGCCAUCAUCUGUCUUGUCAAUCUCAGGGCCUUAAAUAACCCCUACUUCCUGUGUCACGCUAAUCUCUUCAGCACUUGUGAUACUUUUCAUGACAUAGCAGCAGCAAUGGUGGCUGAACAGAGACAAACCUUCCCCUCUCUUUGGCUUUGCUGUUAACCAGCCUUUGACAUGAUCAAGGUUUGAACAACAAGUUCCUCAAACCAUUUUUAUCUCGAAGCGACUUGUCUUGAGGACAUACUCUAUAUUUCUUCUUUCCACUUUUACUGCUUGUACAGUACAAGUCUGAGAAAACAAUUUAUGUAAAGUCUAAACUGGUCAAAACCAAGACUGUCAUAAGUGGAUACCUGCUUUUGUUUGUUCACAGGUAGUGAAAGGUGAGAUGUACCCUCCUACAGUCGCCGAGGUCCCUGUGCACAUGAUAUAUCCUGAAGGUUACCCUCCAGAGCAGCGUCUGGCCAUUGGUCAGGAGGUGUUUGGCAUCCUGCCGGGCCUCACUAUGUAUGCCACCAUAUGGCUAAGAGAGCAUAACAGAGUCUGUGACAUCCUGAAGGCAGAGCAUCCCACCUGGGACGAUGAGCAGCUCUUCCAGACCACCAGACUCAUCAUCAUUGGUAAGAACACAGGAGUCAAUAUCAAACGCCCCAAGAUACAGCUUAUGGUGGUCAUCGGGGGCAAAAUCUUACUUUACUUAGUAACACUAUCAACUCCACACUGAAGUGAUAUAUGUAAACUGACACUCAAGGGUACCCAAAAACAGACAAACCCAUUUGCCAAAAAAACAAACAGACAAAAAACAGACACCCUCGGACAUCUUAAAACAGAUCCAACUGUUCAAAAGGAAAAAAAUGAUAAAAAAAUUAAUUAAAGGGAUAAAAAAGCCAUCAAACAGCACUUUAAAAAUAGGAAGCCGUAAGGGUACAUCAACACAGAUGUAACCGUGUGCUGAACGAGAGAUAACAAAAAAAGGUCAUUCAAGGGUACCUGAAAACAGACAAAGCACUGGUUGGGAGGAAGGGUCUUAAAGCUAGAGUUAAGGGUAGCUUUAAGACAGAUGAACCUUUAACAGACAAAACCAAGGGAACAAAUCUGUCCAGAGGGUACCCUGAAACAGACUUGUCUAUAUUUAAGGUGAUCUGUCAACAAAAGAACAGACUCCUGUCUGUCAGCCUGAUAGAGAUGCUGUGAACCAGGAUGAGAAUGUUCGCCAGGCAUUGUUACAGAAAUGUGAAAGUUGGUGAGAUCUAAAAUGAAUCUGUCUCUGUGAGUUUAUGAUUUACUCUUUCAAGGAACAGUAAAGCUGAGUCAAACCAGCACUGUUGUCAGAUGGAGCAUAUGACCAACAUGUGGAGCACAUGCAAAACAGUUUUAGGUUUGAAAGUGAUUUCAGCAGAAAUACUGCUUUGUUGUUAUUUUUUUUAUCCUCCAGGGGAAAUAAUCAAGAUCAUCAUCGAAGAGUACGUGCAGCAGCUCAGCGGUUACCUGAUGAAGAUGAAGUUUGACCCCUCGCUGCUUUUCAACGCUCGUUUCCAGUACAGCAACCGCAUCGCCCUGGAGUUCUGCCAGCUCUACCACUGGCACCCUCUGAUGCCUGACAGCUUCAAAAUUGAUGGAGACGAAAUCCAAUACCCACAGUUUAUUUACAACACCUCCCUCCUCAUGCACUACGGGGUGGAAAAACUGGUGGACGCUUUCUCCAGACAGCCAGCAGGACAGGUAGAGAAGAAACAACUACAGCUUUGUUUGCAUGGUCACCGCUUAGAUGAUAAACUUGGGAAAAGUGUGGAAAGAGACAAAGUACAUUAGAACCUGUCCUGAUGCGAACUUAGUGAUACUUACUGAAGUUGUUUUCACUACAUCAAAAGGUCACAAAUAAGUCAGUUCAAGCUUUUUUUCUCUCUUUUUCUACUUUAGUACAAUCACACCUUUCAUAUUUAUAUAUUUUAGACCUAGACAGCUAGAGGAAAUAAUACCAGGAGACUGUUUUGCAUGACUACUGUCAUUUCUCACUGAUUCUCUGCUCAGUGAUAUCAGACAGAUCAAAUAACAGACAGGAUUUCUCAAAGAGACCACAGAGAUGUUGCAACGUUUGACAAGACAUGUACUCAGAACCACCAAACCACUGAGUGUCUUGAGUCAUCACCCUUAAAACAGACUUCCCCUCAUAAUCACUUCCUCCCAUCAAAUAAGAUUGUAUUUCCACGUAUUGCUCUGCAGCAUCAUUUGCAAUGUUUGGUGUUUUUUAUUAGCUUUAAUUAGAAAUGCUGAUCACUGCGUGUUGCUCUGUAUCUAAUUUUUUUCCAUCUGUUUGAUUGUAUCGCUUACUAGUACUGGUGAAUAAAAUCAAGUUUUGGUCUGUGUCACAGAUUGGAGGAGGUAAAAACUCUCAUGAAGUUGUGCUCAGAGUGGCAGAAAUGGUCAUCAGAGAGUCCAGAGCAGCACGUGUGCGGCCUUUUAAUGAAUACAGGAAGAAGUUUAACCUGAAGCCAUUCACCUCUUUCUACGAGCUCACUGGUAAGCGUGAUAACGCUCUUAAUAAUCUCAGACACUUUCUCGCCUUUCUUUCAAAGUGAAUUUCCUCAUAUCAUUGGAAUAAAAUCCACAACCAAGCCUGACUCAAGCCGAGUUUCCACCAAACGCUUUUGGUUCAGUUUAAUUAAGGCAUAGUACUCUAUUAUUUGGGAAACCUGGGAAAGGAACCAAAAUUUUGAGGACUAAGUGCAUCUUUCUUAUUCUAAACGUGGAGCAAGAUACACUGCAAUCUGUUGAUUGAGAGGGAGGAGGGAUGUUUUUUGAUCAGUAUCUUAAUGACAGGAACAUACCACUAGUCCCUGUGGGUCUUGUUCUCACUUAACAUCUUUUAUAAGCAACUUAAAAUAAAGUACAUUAUUCUAUGAGAGUAUAUUGUGAUUUUGAUGGCUUGAUCACUAUAGCAAACUUUAUAACAGUAGGUCAUUAUCUAUAUUUUCUCUUAUACAGAUUGAGUUAAGUAUUUAUUUUCUGCUGCAGACAACACAAUGUGAAAUCAACAUCUUUGAGCACCUGGAGAAGUUAGGUGCUUUGAGGGGAACUAGAGUUUGAGAAGUCUGUGGUUCAGUGUAGCAACCUUUUCAUCGAACUUCAAGUGAAGAUUGGAAAAAACAAAACAAACAAAAAAAACAGAAAUUGUUAAUUCACAACCACUUGUGUACCUCUGUGAGUGUGAGCCUGUAUUUUGCAUCAUGUUUUGGUGACAUGUUUGGCUUGCAUGUUGAUAUGUAUAUCAUGUACACCAUGUUUCUUAAGUUUGCUGGUGUAUCGUAAGUGUGGAGUGAGUGAAUGACUUUUGUAGAAGUUUAACUGAUACUGAUUCUGACGCUGAUGUUGGCGUUUAAAAUAAAGGUAAGUGUAACAGGCUCAAGUAAAUGUGAGCAGACAUAAUAGUCUUGUGAGGCCAGAGAAACAAUGACGCGGUCAAAGUAAAAUGCUUUCCUUAUUUACGUUUUGUUGUUUUCCCCAGAGAUGUGCACACAUCAACAUUUUUCAUCCAAUUACUUAAAUUAAAAGCUCAUUUUGUUCUUUAGGCACAAUGUACAUAAAACCACAUUAUCGCACUAACAUGAUGUCCCAGCGUAGAAGAAGACAUUUAUAGGUAGAUGCAAAUGACAUCUGUAGUCAGUGUGCUAAAGUGACAGCAAAGGUUGUUAAACAUAAAAAGUUGAUUUUUUUUACAAACAAAACUAUCAAAAAUGCUUCACAAAUUAAACUGACCACGAUCUCUGAAGUUCUGAACAUAACAUUUAAUGUAAGUAGUCAUUGACUUCACAGUACUCAGUAACCUUUGAAACGCAGACAUCACAGACUUUUUUAAGUCCAGUUACUAAUCUGAGACAUUGCUGCUGUUCAUAUUGUCAAUCCAGCCAGAGUAGCUGCUGCCACCUAGUGUCUAAGGUGUUGUACUAUGAAAGCUUUGGAGGACAAAGUUAAUGUUUUUCUCAGCUGCUUUGGUGCAUUUCUCCCAUCACAAUUAAUAUUUGCACAACAGUUAGCGUAUUUCUCUAAACAAUUAGUUGACCUAGUUGAAAACCUGCAAAAGUGCAUCACUCGCUCAAAAAGGAUAGUCCGUUCCUCAAAAUCAAGUAUUCAUGUCAAUCAAAGUAUCAGUGUCAUCAAAAGAAAAGUCCCAACACUGUCAUUUAUGAACAGGACAGUCAAAUGGCUUUGUCAUGUUUUCAUUAUGACUGUUUACUCUGAGUGUUUUCAAAUGCAAAAAGAGUCCGAUCUUGGUGACACUACCUGAAAAUGCUCGAAGCAGCACUAUACACUACUUGCACAGCAUUUGAAAACUACAGUAAAGUUACACAUGACUGUAUUCAGUGAGGUAACUCUAAUACAGCACUUUAUUUCUCUCUCAACCUGAUGGCAUUGUUUGCAAUCACCAUUGCACAAAUGACUUCCUCUUGUUGUUGAGUAAAAAGUGGCCCUCUUCCACCUCUGUGAGGCUGCCUCGCAAUACUGUGUGGUGCAGAGUAAAAUUACAGUAAACCUGAGAUAUACUGCAUUAACCUGUAUUACUGUAGAGUACAAUAGCAGUGCUUCCCAAUUGUAAAAUGCUGCAGUACAGUACCAUACUGUAAAAAUGGCGAAUCUUUACUGUUACAAGACUGUACACUACAAUAAAGUAAAUCUUUGCUGCAGUAAAGCUGUAAGUCUAAAUGUAAAAUGUUAAAAGUGACAAGUUCUUGUCCCUCUGUGAGCUUCAUGUAUAACACAAUGACAGAUUGAUAGAUUGAUAGACACACCUGUUCUCCGGAUGAAAUGUUUGAAUAAUUGGAUGAACAGUGUUUCUCCCAACAUUUGGCUGCACUUUCUCAGGUAAACGCUGAGGUUAACCUGAGAGAAAUUGUUUAUUUUAGGAGAAAUUUGCAGGAAAAAAAGAUAAAGAAAUGUUGAAAAUGUUGCUUGACGGAUUUUGAGAACUUGUUGUUUUUGUAUGUAAUGACUCAAGCAAUGAAACGAGGACUAUUAGUUUUACAGGGAAUGACUAUUCAGCGUUCAUAAGUAUAGCUCAUUUUGACUAACAUUCAAUCAAACGAAAACUGCAGCUUCAUGUUUUAUAAGUAUCACAUCGAGGAUCACCAAAGUCAGAGAAUCAAUGAUUGUCUGUACAAAAUUGAAGUUAUUGAGAAUCUUCAAAUUUUUGGUUAAUUUUUGCUUCUGCCUCAAAGGUAGACUGGUGUUGAAUAGGCUUGAGAUAAUUUGUGAGUGAAAGAUAUUUAGCAAACUUUAGAGGGGUAAAAGGAAACUUGAGAUGUAACUAGAAAAUGCAAUUUCUGAAGAAAUUGCGAGUGGGAUUGCUUCAGUUGAAAUUGCUAUCGCUAUGCUGCUAUUGCGAGUGGCUGAAUUUUAAAAUAUGUGAAAGGUCAAAAGGUAUGAAGUAUCAGGAAGAUUUGAAUCAAUUGGAAUAAACUCAAUUGAAUGAAUUGAAUUAUGCAUGAAUAAUAAUUUUAAAAUUUCAACGUUUGAAAAUUAAAAUGAUUAAAAACCCUGAAGUAUGGGAAAGGCUUGAAGAAUCAUUAAGGUUUGAAUCAGUUUAAAUGAGCUGUAAUUUGUUUGAAAGAAAUGAAUAAUGCAUUAAGAGUAAGAAAAUUUUAUAACUGGAAAAUUAAAAGGUUACAAAUCUGGAAGAAAAAGAGGUUUGAAGACUCAAAACAGUUUAAAUCAGUUUGAAGGAGUUUACAUUAGUCUGAAGAAUUAAAUAAUGCAUUUUCAAUGAAUGAUUGAAAAAUGGGGACAAUGUAAAUGAAUAAAAAUCCUGAUUAGACCCCAUAAGCUUUUAAAUGUCACCCCCAGUACUCUGUGUACUGAGCCUGGCUUCAUGUGUCUCAUAUGGCUGUUAGAAGCAGCUUUCCAGCCAGCUGUGUGUCUCCAGGUGCUCCCUUUGGUUGCCAUGGUGACGAUAGAUGCUUAACAACAGCAGGAGAAAGGAGGCUUGAGGCUGAGAACGUAAUGCCCAAACAACGUCAUAUUUCUCAUCCUCUGUAACUGCUAUCUUCAUGAUCAGAAGCUUGUGAGUACCACAAGGCCCGGCUGAACACGUUGAUACAACUUCUGUGUUUGUGGAGCCAAAAAUGCCUUCACUACGACAAGUUAAAAACAUGUCCAGUUUGUGUUUCCUCUGAAAAUUCUCCUCUCAGGUUUACAUUGGAGUCAAUGGAGAAAUCUGGGGGAUGUCUGUGGCAGUUGGUGUCUGCCCAGGCCACUGUGUGUGUCCUAUGGCUUUGAUUUUUGACAUGAAGAGUGACAGCAAGUUUUGCCAUCACUGUACCAAUUUUUAUCUGUGUAGAGCCAAGUGAGUUGCCACAAUCCUUUUGUAAAGACAAAGUUUUGAGGAUCAAUUUUCAGCCUGUCUCACUCUAGCUGUGAGGUCACCCACUCUAGCUGCCAACAUUCCGUGCAAUACACACUAAUGUUAAAACCUGAACCGGUCAGAAAAUCCUGUGAAUUUUUGAACUGUCACUGUGAGAAAAGUAUGAAUGCCAUGAAGAUGAUGAAUGAAUGAGUGAAUGUCUGAAGAUGUGUGAAUAUUUUAAAGUUUGAAUGAAGUUUCUAGGUGAAAGUAUGAAUGAAUGAGAAAAGGUUGAAGUUGACUACGUCUGAAGCCCUUUUCCCAUUGAAUCCCAUUAUAACGAAGUUUUAAACUAAUCUUAAUAUUUUGAAAAGUACAAAUGGGAUUAAAAAUGUUGAAGAUGUGGAAUAAUGCUGAAGAAUUUGUGAAUAUUUUGGUUUUUGAAUGAAGUUUCUACGUGGAAGUAUAGAGGAGUUGAAGGCUUUUGAAGUUGUGUGAAGAAAAUGUGAGAAAAGGGACAAUUUGAACAUUCCGUAAUGCAUUUCCAAUGGGAGAAAUCGGUCGGAAAACCUGGAAUAUCUCGGAAAGUAUGAAUGUUAGGAAAUUUUUGAAUACAAGCCGGAAUCUCCUGAAUGAGAUGAAUCUUUUGAAGUUUGAAUGGUUUGAAUAUGUUGAAGUAUGUGGAAGGAGUAGCGGUCCAAAAAACGGUGGAAUAAUAAUAAUAAUAAAGAUAUGAAUAACAUAUAGUGGGAAUGCUUCGCAAUCCCACUCAAUUAAUGCGAGAUAUAUCUGUAAUGCCUAGAUGUUACCUUCUUUGUUAUCCUGUUUUGUUAAAUACUAGAUUUUUAUUGGUCAAAACCGCUUCAUAACUGAUUGAUUGUGAACAGCAAAAGUGACCCCUCCGCCUCACCCUGUUAGGGUUACACUCUCAUGAUAAUACAUUGUAAUUUUUAUAACAACCCUCUGUUUUUUUCUCCUCCCACAGGUGACACUGAAAUGGCCAGAGAUCUAGAGGAGCUGUACGGUGACAUAGAUGCUGUUGAGUUCUACAUCGGUGUCCUGCUGGAGAAAACCCGUUCAACUGCUAUUUUUGGUGAGAGUAUGGUGGAGAUGGGUGCUCCCUUCUCCUUGAAAGGCCUGAUGGGAAACCCCAUCUGCUCCCCCGAGUACUGGAAGCCCAGCACAUUUGGAGGAGAGACGGGUUUCAACAUCGUCACAACGGCUACUCUGAAGAAACUGGUGUGUCUUAACACCAAGUGGUGUCCGUAUGUGGACUUCCAUAUUCCAAGAGAUGAGGAGGAGGCAAAACCAAGAUAUCCAUCUGGCGAACUUUAA